AUGCAACAUUUCAUCGAUUGUGAUUCUACCCCAGCUCGAGCCCAGUUAAGGUUAGAUGAGCUCGAGGAGAUGAGGUCGCUUCAUGGAAGAAAACAAAAUGCGAACUGGUAUGCGCGCGGUUUUCUUCAAAACACUCAGGAAGUUGAUUGUCUCUCCAUAUUCAUCCAAAGUUUCGACAAUGUAAUCAAAAGAUGA